CUCGGUCCGGUGCUCGGGGAGGCGCGGGCCGCGUCCGGGUGCGCACCUGCCCCGCCUCCUCCAGGCGGGCCGCGGGGCAUGCAGCCGGUCGGGGGCGGGGCUCCGAGGCCGGGACCCGGCCACCGGCUCUCGGGCAGCCUCCGCCAGCUGGACCCCGCCGCUCUCCUGAUGCUGCUCCUGGACGCCGACCGGCCGGAGCCCGUGCGCAGCGGGGCGCGCGAGCUCGCGCUCUUCCUGACCCCCGAGCCCGCGGCCGAGGCGAAGGAGGUGGAGGAGACCAUCGAGGGGAUGCUCCUCAGGCUGGAAGAGUUUUGCAGCCUGACCGACAUGAUCAGGAGCGACACUUCACAGAUCUUGGAGGAAAACAUCCCACUCCUUAAGGCCAAAGUGACAGAAAUGCGUGGCAUCUAUGCCAAAGUGGACCAGCUAGAGGCCUUCGUCAAGAUGGUUGGGCACCACGUCUCCUUCCUGGAGGCCCACGUGCUUCAGGCCGAGCGGGACCACGGGGCCUUCUCGCAGGCUCUGCGGAGGUGGCUGGGCUCCUCGGGGCUGCCCUCCUUCAGGAAUAAGCCGUCCACGCCGGCACCCCUGCCCUUCGAGCUGCCCGCGCUGUACCGGACGGAGGACUACUUCCCCGGGGACGCGGGGGACGCGCCCAGGACCCCCAGUCGCCGCCGCCACAGGCGCGUGUGAGCUCUGCCGUCGGGUCGUCGGAAAGCGACAGUGCGUGCGUGCAGUGGCUCGGGUUUUCUGGUCUUCUCGCUGUGCAUUUGUGUUUUUCAGUUUCCUCUCUCGCUUCAUGUGAAACGGCGGGGUUCGGAGAAGCAUCUGGAGCCCCCACGCGUGCCGCGCUGAGCCGGCCGGCGGUUCCCACCCGGGUCGGGUCUGCCUGGUGUCCUGGGACACGGGGCGCGCGGGUCUCGGGAGCUUCGGGGCUCCGGGACCGGGGACUCGAUCUCCCUGUCGGUCUGUGCCCAGCUUUGCGUGGGCAUCAUGGGGUGGGGGGGGGGGGGCGCUCCUGCACCAGGGUGCGUGGCUCCAGGUCUGUCUGUGGUGGGUAGUUUGGCUGCCAAGCCCCGUGCCCACGGGCCUGUGAAUCAUCUCAAUAAAGGUGUCAAGAGCUCAUGUGUGGUCUGGGUGCAAAUGUCCUCUGGAAGGGAGCACCUGCCCCCUAGGCCAGCCUGCCCCUCCCACUCUGCUCCUCAGGGAGCCCUGCCUGAGGGGAGGGGGCGGCGGUGGUCAUCAGAGUCCCAGUAAGAGUGGAGAGGUCACGGGGCGCCUGGGUGGCUCAGUCGGCUGAGCGUCCGACUUCGGCUCAGGUCAUGAUCUGGCAGUUCAUGGGUUCGGGCCCCGAGCCGGGCUCUGUGCUGACGGCUCAGAACCUGGAUGGAGCCUGCUUCGGAUUCUGUCUCCCUCUCUCUCUGCCUCUCUCUCUCUCUCUCUCAAAAAUAAAAAAACAUUUAAAAAAAAUUUUUUUAAAAGAAAAGAAUGGAGAGGUCAUGGGGUGCCUGGGUGGCUCAGUCGGUGAAGCGUGGGACUCUUGAUUUCGGCUCAGGUCAUGAUCUCACUAUUGGGGGUUCAAGCCCUGCACAGGGCUCUGUGCUGAGGAUGGGAGCCUGCUUGGGGAUUCUCUGUCUCCCUUUCUCUCUGCUCCUACCCCACUUGC